AUGUCCGGCUUCGACGUUAAAUCGGCAGAUCCGGGCCAGUAUCCGCCACCCCGUGAGGAUGAGGAGUCUCUUGCCCUGCAACGGGAUUGGUCUCCCGAGGAGGAAGCCAAAGCCAAGCGGAAGCUAGACUUCAUUAUUAUGCCACUGUUGACCCUUGGCUUCUUCUGUUUACAACUUGACCGUGGCAACAUUGCCAACGCCAUUACCGACCGCUUCAUGCAAGAUGUUGGGGUGACACAAAACGAAUUUAACGUCGGGCAGCAGAUGCUAUCGCUGGGCAUCGUGCUGUUUGAGAUCCCGUCCAACAUGAUCCUGUACCGUGUCGGGCCCGGAAAGUGGCUCACGCUCCAGCUCUUUCUGUUCGGGACCGUCAGUACCUUCCAGGCUUUCCAAAAUAGCUACGGAUCAUUCAUCGCAACACGAUUCCUGCUUGGAAUUACCGAGUCAGGGUUCAUUCCAGGCGGUCUAUGGACGCUCUCUACAUGGUAUACCCGCAAGGAGACGGCAAAGCGCGUCAUGUUCUUCUACUUUGGAAACCAAUUCGGCCAGGCGUCAUCUAAGCUGCUGGCGUAUGGCAUCUUGCACAUGCGCGGCGUUGCAGACCGAGCCGGCUGGUUCUGGCUGUUCGUCAUCAUGGGUGGUUUCACCAUCCUCAGCGGCUUCGUCCUCGGCUUUUGCUUGCCCGACUCAUUCCGCAACCCGUCCCCGACCUUUCUUCCCCAUUUCACAUUCUUCACCAAGCGAGAGUUGCAUAUCUUGCAAACCCGCGUGCUGCUCGAUGACCCCAUGAAAGGAAAGAAGAAGAAGAACAUCAAUCUCGGUGCCUUCAAGCGUGCUUUCGCCGACUGGCGUCUGUGGUGUCAUGUCCUGAUCACCCUGUCCAAUAAUGGCCCGCAACGCGCCUUCGACACUUACUCGCCCUCUAUCGUCAAUAGCUUCGGCUUCGGUGCCCUGACUAGCAACGCCAUGGCGUCUGUUGGUCUCUUCCUUCAGAUUCCAGUUUCAUUCACCUUCAGUUAUGUUUCUGAUCACUUCAACAAACGUGGUGAAACCGUCAUAGCAGGAUUCUGCUGCCACCUACUGGGCUAUGUAUUCAAUCGCGUGUUUACCGAGCUCAUUGGCCUCCGGGGCGUCCGUUAUUUCGGUGUCGUCUGGACGCAGACCUUCGGCACCUUCUCGCACCCCCUCAACAUCGCCUGGAUGUCCCUCACCUGCGAGGACUCGGAAGUGCGCGCCCUAGCCAUGGCAAUGGUCAUCAUGGGUGCCAACAUCGCCGGCAUCUACGGCGCGCAGAUCUUCAGGCAGGACGACAGCCCGCUGUACCGGCGCGGUUUCACCAUCAACAUCGCCGUGCUGGCGGCCGGGCUGGCGCUCGCCAUCGUGCGCUAUGCCGAUGAUCUCAUCCGCCGCCGCCGCAGCCGCAACCAGUUCCUGCAGGCCGAAUCGGCUAGUGACGGGGGUCAGACCAAAGAGGACGAAGGCGCCCUCGCUGGACAGACCGAGCCGGGGACGGUGCAGUUCAAAGGCCCUGACAAGCAGGCUCUGCUGUGACGAAGAAAGUCACAGACUGCAACUAGUGGUGGAGGAGUUACUUGGUUGACCGAUGCGUCACCCAUUUUGAAGCCGUGGUGUUGAUGGUGUGCUCCCGGCUGGUCUGGUAACUUCGUUUUGAAAGCCGAGCAAUGCGAGGUUCUUGUCCCC